AUGAAUCGUUUUAUUAUUAUUGUUGUUGUUUGUCUUGUUAUACAAGGAACAACUGCAGAUGUUAAAUCAAAACGACAAGAAUGUCGUGAUCUUGUUGGUGAUCGUUCAAAUUGUCAACGAUUUGUUCGUUGUUUUCAUAAUUUAAGAGUUUUAUUUACAUGUGCUACUGGUACAGCUUAUGUACCUGAAUUAAAAACAUGUGUUGACAAAGAUUUAGUUAAAAAUUGUAAUGAUUCAACAGAUCGAAUUGAAGUCACAAUUAGUACUAAUGUUACUCAAACUGAUGAUGAAUAUCCGACUAUUGAAGCUGAUGCAAAUGCACUUGAAUCACCAGCACAAAAAGGUAUUGCAACAAAAGAUUCAGCUGCCAAUACACCAAAACAAUUCGGUUGUGCAUCAUAUUGUCAAAAUCAAGGUGUUUGCUCAAUUGUUGCUCAAACAGUUAGUUGUCGAUGUCCAACUGGUUAUUCUGGUGUUCAAUGUCAAGUAAUACCUGUUGUUCUUCAAGCACCACCAAAUCAAUGUCAACCAAGUCCAUGUCAAAAUGGUGGUACAUGUUAUCUUCGUCAAGGAACAUUCGGUUGUUCAUGUCCAGUUGGUUUCAGUGGUGUAUGUUGUGAAAUAAACUUAGCUGCUACAAAUCCAUGUUAUGCAAAUCCAUGCUUCAACGGGGGAACAUGUCAAGUAGCUGGAUUUAAUACUUAUCGAUGUGUCUGUCCAAAUGGUUUCAAUGGUAUUCGAUGCGAAUUACGUGUAUGUGAUCCAAAUCCAUGUUUAUACGGAGGUAUUUGCUUAGUUGUUGGUAAUACAUUUCAAUGUCAAUGUCCACCACAAUAUACUGGACCUACUUGUGCUAUUUUAAUUCCACCACCAAAUCCAUGUGCAUCACAACCAUGCCUUAACGGUGGUACUUGUACACCAACAAGUCCAACAACAUUUGUUUGUUCAUGUACACCAAGUUUCUAUGGUCCAUGUUGUGAAAUUCGUAAUUAUUGUAUACCAAGUCCAUGUUAUAAUGGUGGUUCAUGUGUUGCUACUACAACUGGUUAUCUUUGCCAAUGUUCAUUUCCUUUCACCGGUAGUAAUUGUGAAACAUUAAUUACAACCCCACAACCUCGACCAGUAUGUGCUUGUAUUAUUUGUCCAUGUCCACAACCAGUUGUUACAGUCGUCAAUCCAUGUCUUCCUAAUCCAUGUCAAAACAAUGGUGGUUGUGCUGUUCUUCAAAAUGUAGCUCGUUGUUAUUGUCCAACUACUUAUACUGGUUAUUAUUGUCAAUUUGCUCGUAAACGUGCUAUGAGUAAUGCUCCAUGUGCAAAUGUAACUUGUAUGAAUGGUGGUGAAUGUUUUGUUAAUGAAAAUGGUCCACAAUGUACAUGUCCAAAACCCUAUUAUGGUGAACGUUGUGAAUUAAUUAAUCGACCACGAACAUGUAAUCCAAGUCCAUGUGGUAAAAAUGGUGAAUGUAUAUCAACAAAAGAUGGUCAUAAAUGUGUUUGUAAAAAUAGUACAACUGGCGUACUCUGUGAACAAAAAUUAAUGCCAAGAGAUUAUCGUUGGUGUCCAAUUGAUUGUCGAUCAGGUACUACUUGUGUUUAUGAAGGUAAUACACCAAAAUGUCGUGCUCUUUAA